GGAACCGGAGUUUGCUGAGGGGGGCGGGGCGGAGUCGAAGCUGAGGGCGGGGCAGAGUCAGAGCGUGGGUGGAGUCUGAGAUCGGUGGGAGGGGCAUGAGUGGAGUCGGAUCUGGAGGCGGGAUCAGAACUCGGGGGCUGGGCAGAGCCCAGGAGUGGGCGGAGUCUGAGAUCGGCGGGGGCGGGGCCUGGGCUAACGGUCCAAGGGUGUCCUCCCGCGGCGACCGUCGAGCGCCGGGGCUGUGGGCAGAACGCGCUGUGGAGAAGAAGCCGAAUUCCGACCGAGCGAGGGAGGCGUCUGGGCGUGGCCUGCGUGCGGCUGGCUGCUGUCCAAGAGCGAGAGCGUCUAGGCGAGCGCUCCCAGGAGCAGCUGGCGCGAACGCUGAGAUAAAAGAAUGGCCAACUCUAUUGCAUCAAAGAACUUUACUGCACUUUCAAAUCUGCAUCCAAAUAUGGCUAAUCUGGUUGGAGAGCCAAAAUACUUUACAACUUCAGACCGAAGAAAAGGCCAGAGGUGUGAAGUCAAACUCUACGAUGAGACAGAGUCUUCUUUUGCAAUGAUAUGUUGGAAUAGUGAAUCUAUUCUACUGGCACAGAGCUGGGUGCCACAAGAAACAGUAAUAUUUGCUGCAGAUGUAAGGAUAAGUUUUGACAAAUUUCGGAACAGCAUGACAGCAACUGUAAUCUCAAAAACCAUUAUUACAACUAAUCCAGAUACACCAGAAGCUAACAUCCUUCUGAAUUUUAUAAGAGAAAAUAAAGUAAUGAAUCCUCUGGAUGAUGAAAUUGACAAUUAUUUGAAAGAAUCCAUGAAUUUAAAUACAAUAGUUGAUGUUUAUACAGUUGAACAAUUAAAGGUAAAAGCUUUGAAGAAUGAAGGAAAAGCUGAACCUUUCUACGGAAUUCUUUAUGCUUACAUUUCUACACUGAACAUUGAUGACGAAACUACAAAAGUAGUUCGAAAUAGAUGUUCUGUCUGUGGUUACAUUGUAAAUGAAGCAUCCAGCACUUGUACAACUUGCAACAAAGAUUCUUCAGGAUUUAAAUCGGUUUUUCUCAGCUUUGAUAUGCUAAUCGAUCUUACUGAUCACACAGGUACCCUUCAUUCCUGUAGUCUCACAGGAAGUGUGGCUGAGGAGACUUUGGGAUGCACGGUAGAUGAGUUUCUUGCAAUGACGGAUGAACAGAAAACAGCAUUAAAGUGGCAGUUUCUUUUGGAAAGAAGCAAAAUUUAUUUAAAAUUUUUUAUAUCGCACAGAGCAAGGGGUGGACUGAGAGUGAGUGUGCUUUCAUGUAAGCUUGCAGAUCCUAUUGAGGCAAGUAGGAACUUGUCUGGACAAGGAAAUGUUCAAAACUAGAUACAGUUUUAAACUCUGGAAAAGAAUACGCAUUUUAACCACCUUAAAAGUGGGAAAUGAGUUUGAAAAUUACAGAUAUACUUGUAUCUUGUUCAAAUGUGGUGAGAAUGUUCCUGUAAAUUGUCAUUCUGUUGCCCCCUAGAGUUGACUCCAGGUGAAUCCUAAAAUCUCCCUCUUAUUUAAGCUCAUUUCUUAGAAGCCUUUUUCUAUUGGCUUGGCCCUCUCUCUUCCCAAGCUGGAAAAUGGUUGCAUGAAUUAAUAAACAAGUUUACUCUCCUACAAACACAAUGAUUUAUUUUCUUAAAUCCCUUUCCCCUCUGUCUUGUCUUCUUGGAGAAAGAUCAGAACCUCCACAAAUGCCUUGGCCCUGUCUCAGACCACUUGGCUGGAGUCGAUGGGCGUGUAUGGCACGUUCUCCCUGUGCCAGGUGGGGACAGCAGACAUCCACGGGCAAUGCUGUGCAGCUGCUUUACAUGCUGUAGAGCUUUUCUAAUCUGUUGCCUUCUCUGAUGACACAUCAGAGCUAGCCAAAGCUUGUGAAGGCUUGCUGACUCAGGCUUGACACCUGUGGGUCUGAAUCAACUGGGAGGAGAUCAGCUUCAGAAGUUUCAUGAGCGGUGCUGAGUCCUGGGAACUUGCAGGCGUGGGAGACUUCUUGGCUUUGGCUGGACACGGCCCCACUCCAGCUGCCUUUGAAGCAGCCCCAGAGCACUCUACUCAGCCCACACCAUCUCCAGUCACUGGUCUCUUACUUCGAGGCACAGACCCGUCACCACGGUCAGCGUUGAUCCAAGGUGUGGGAGGUUUAGCCAACGUAAUUUGAGUCUGGUGAUUUAAAGAUCACCACCUACCACCCACCGCAGGAGUGAUAUAAAGAAAAACUGAAUACAGGCACUUAAACAAGUAAAAGAAAGAAGCAUUCUGCCCUGUCAACACAAAGUCCACAACCCCUCUGCCCAGAAUCUGCUUUUCUACUGCUCUCCAGAAGCUGCUCUUCCUGAUCCUAGUGACUUUGAUCUGCAUAUUCUAUAUUGGGUUUAUAAACAGUUGGAUGACUGUGAUUUUUCCUAAUCUUCUAUGAGUGGUUCAUUUAAGAACAAUAUUCCUUUCCUAAUUCUGCUUUGGUGAGGGUUUGGUUUUGUUUUGUUUUACAAUAUGCUAUACAUACAUUUAUCCACCUUUUACUCUUCUUGAGGAACCUGGAGCUGUUUUUGUCUUUUUAAAAAAUAUUUGUUUGGCUGCAUUGGAUCUUAGUUGUGUCAUGUGGGAUCGGGUUCCUUACUUGUGGCAUGUGGGCUUUGCUGCCCCAUGACAGGUGGGAUCCUAGUUC